CGGGGUUGGACACUCCUGAUAUCACUUUCAGUUUGACGAUGCAGAGAUAUGAUCGUAACUUCAACUGAACAUGGACCUGCUUAUAUUCCUUUUAGUGACUGUAAUUCCGGUUAUAUCAGACGGGUUGACUGUGCACGGUCCCCCUGGUCCUCUGGUUGCUCCUCUGGGAUCGUCAGUGGUUUUGCCCUGUUAUGUUGAUGAACUUUUAUCAGUGGAGGGUCUGGAGGUGGAGUGGAGAAGACCAGACUCUGAGACUUUAGUUCAUCUGUAUCAGGAUGGUGAGAGUCAAACAGAAGCCCAGCAGCAGGAUUAUCAGGAUAGAGCUCAUUUCUUUACUGAGGAGAUUCAACAUGGAAACUUCUCCCUCCGGCUGGACAAUCUGAGAGCUGAAGAUGAGGGACGAUACACAUGUACAGUUUACAGUCAGCAAGAGUCUGGUGAGACCGUGGUUCAAAUAAACAUUGAUGUUGAGCGUUUGCUAGUAUCAGGAUCGAGUCGCUCUAUAUCUGCGUCUGUGGGUGAAGACGUCACUCUGAACUGCUCUGUAGACUCUCACAUCACACUUGCAGAUAUUGAAGAGGUUUCAUGGAAGAAAACAGAUGAAGAUGAAGAAAUUAUGGUUCUGCUCUUCCAAGACCAAGUGGAUUUACCAGAGGCAUCAGAUGAGCAAUACAGAGACCGAGUUGAGUUCUUCACUGCUGAAAUCCCCAAAUUAAACUUCUCUCUCAGACUGAAGAGUGUCAGAACUGAGGAUAAAGGAGUUUACAUGUGUGAGGUGUUUGCUGGAGGACUUUCAGCCAACGCAACUGUAGUACUGGAGCGACUGGGUUUCUCUGUUUUACACAUAAUGGUGUUGAUUCUCUGUGUUUCUGCAUCUGGAUCUGCACUUCUGCUCUGCUGCCUGAUCUACUGCAGAUCACCAUAUAAAGGUUUCUUUGGCCAGCAAACCUAUAACGAUUAUUUUGAACUGGGAUCUUCAGUGGUUUUGACCUGUCAUGUUGAUGAAUGCUUAUUAAAGAAAAAACUGAAGGUGGAAUGGAGAAGAAAAGACACUAAGACGCUGGUUCAUCUGUAUCAGGAUGGAGAGAGUCAAACAAAGAAACAGCACAAAGAUUAUCAGGAUAGAGCUAAUUUCUUUACUGACGAUAUUCAGCAUGGAAACUUCUCCCUCCGGCUGGACAAUCUGAGAGCUGAAGAUGCUGGAGAAUACAUAUGUAAAGUUUACAGUGACCUUUUUACAGUGACGAGGACAGCAGAGACAAGUUUGGAACCACAGUUCGAAGUGAAAGGUUCCACUGAUGAUCAGACAGUUCCUCUUGGAGGUUCAGUGGUUUUGCCCUGUCAGGUUGACGAAAACUUGUUACAGAAAAAUCUGAAGGUGGAAUGGAGAAGAGCAGACUCAGAGACUCUGGUUCAUCUGUAUCAAGAUGGUGAAAGUCGACCAAAGAAACAGCACAAAAAUUAUCAUGACAGAGCUCAUUUCAUUACUGAUGAAAUUGAAGAUGGAAACUUCUCCCUUCGUCUGGAAAAAGUGAGAGCAGAAGAUGCUGGAAAAUACGCAUGUAAAGUUUACAGUGACCAGGAUUGUGUGCAUUCAGCUGACGCAGAGGUCGAGAUACUGGGGUUUGGUGUUAAAUGUCACAUACUUGCCACUCUGGGAUCUUCGGUGGUUUUGUCAUCUCAUGGUCAGAAACCUUUACCAGUGGAGGGUCUGCAUGUGGAAUGGAGAAGAACAGACUUAGACUCAGACUCAGACUCAGACUUCUCAGACUCAGACUUCUCAGACUCAGACUCUGAGAUUUUAGUUCAUCUGUAUCAAGAUGGUAAGAGUCGAGCAGAGAAACAGCAGCAGGAUUAUCAGGAUAGAGCUCAUUUCUUUACUGAGGAGAUUCAACAUGGAAACUUCUCCCUCCGGCUGGACAAUCUGAGAGCUGAAGAUGAGGGACGAUACACAUGUAAUGUUUACAGUCAGCAGAGAUCUGUGUUUUCAGCCGAGACAAAUCUGAUACUGAGAUUACUAGAUCUAGUCUUCCGUCUUCAGGUGGCUCUAGUCUUCUGUCCAAAUGUUCUGAUGUUUCUUGCUUUUGUCCUCUGGGGUGUUUCUGAAGGCUCUCUGAGCGAGACAGUAUCUUGUUGUGCUCUUUAUUUUCUGAGACCUCUCUUGUUGCUCUGGGCAGCUCCGUAUAUUAGUAAUUUUACAGGCAAAAUCAAAUCAUUGAUUUUGAAAUACAGUUACGUGGCAGAAUAUUUAGUUCUCUCACUUGUUGUUUAUUCAGCUCUUUUUACAAGUGCUUGGCAAAAACUUCUGAAUUAUGAUGCGUUUGACAGAGCCGUGGUAAUAGUGCUGUUUGCAAUAGUGUUUGUGUGCUGCCUCUGCAAAAUCAUUUACCUUUUAGUUACAGAGGUUGGGAAGAAAAGUGGCCGGAUAGUUAAAAUCUUUGAUAUUGUGGCUGAUAUGACCUUUCAAAUUCUGCCUACUUUACAAUUCAUCCUCCUCUUCUACACUUUUGGAGCCGGUGGUGAAGCAGGGUUGAUCAUGAUUGUCAUUUUACCAGUGUUACUGAUGAUGAUGACAAAUGACAGAUGGCUUUAUAAAUGCUAUUCCAGUGAUGGGCUCAACUUAUCAUAUUCAGUCGUGAGGACAGUGAUGUUAAUCUUCACAUUAGUGACGAAUGCAGUGAUGAUCGGCCUCUACAUAUUGACUCUGGACAAUCAGACAGAUCCGAUCGGAUGGGGCUGUGUGAUGGUGUUUCUGCAGAUACUCUGGACAGUUAUGUUCUUCACAGAUGCUGCUUACUCUUUUCUCAGCUUGUCUCGAGAUUUCCAGCGUUAUGUUGCGGUGUAUGUGUUUGGAUCAGUCGGUGUAGUUUUACUGAACUCUGCUGCAUUAAUAACAGAACUGAUCCUCAAAACAGUGAACGGUGAUCGUGUGAUGGCAGAUCUGAGAUUCAUUGUCUUUCCUUCUGAAUGUUUAUUUGCUGCAUCUCUGCUGAUUUCUGGAUUCUCAGGAUCCAAGAUCGCAAGCUGUCUGAAGUCUUGUCAGAACAAAGUGAGAUCUAUACGAGUCAAAAGAUCACAGCAGAACCAGAGCCCAGGAGACACACAAGAGAUGCGUCCUCUGAAUACUGGAGACCAGGAGCAGAAUCAGCCUGAUUCAGUGCGGUCUCAAACAUGAGAGAGAUUAUUACAGAGUGAUCUUGAGGCACAAUCUCCUGCAAAGCUGCUUUGAGACGACACGUGGAUUGUGAAAAGCACCAAACAAUCAAACAAUAACUCACUGAUGUUUGAUCAGAAUCUCAUGUGUUUCUACACUGAUGUUA